CUAGCAGUUGAAUAAAAAAAAUUGACGUGGUUGGAAGACGAGAGAAGUUGAGUGCACAAAGGAAGCAACAAAGAAAAAAGAAAGAAACAGACAGAAAGAUAUAAAAUAAAAGUAGAAACAAACGUGGUGACCGAUGAUGUACCUAUUCAGUGGAAAAUGGGAGUCAACGAUUGAACAUGGUGGUGCAUGGGACCAUCUUCAUUGUAUGCGAAGUUGUAACUUGCAAACCAACCCUAGCUCUACUCGUGCAUUUUGUUAUCCGCUUUUUGCCAAACUUCCCCUUUUAUCAUUCUUCUUAGUUACGUACACUUCUUCCAGAAAAAAAAAGGGGGUAUUUUUCUCCUCUGUUCAACACGGGGAGAAGCUUUUCAAUUGCUGCUCUGCCUUUUCACAUCUCAUCUUCAGUUGCUUUUGAAAUUUGAAGCUUCCCUUAUUUCACUUAAUACUCUUUUCUGCGGUUUCUAGAUAUCUUGGGAAGAGGAGCACCCAAAUCCCCCCUCUCUCUGAAAGCACAACCUGCGAUGUCUUAUUCAUUAAUUGGUGUUUCAACUUGGUGCCAGAAGCAAAAAGAAGUGGAGUCUGGUUGGAUGAUGAAGUGGUCAGAAUGUGUUUUCAAAUCAAGUGGACCUUGAGUGCUUACCAUGGUGUACAAUUUUGAAUUUCCUUGUCAAUAUUGGUGAAUUGACACAGAGGGAGACAAUUGAAUCAAUAGUUGUAACUUGGAUAUGUCUUGAGGAAUUGUGAAGUUGAUAAGUUGGAGCUCCAUCAAAGUAGUAAAGAGACAUUCCGUGAUGAUGAAGAAACAAUUGACAGGUAUACGGGGUGAUUCUCCCCUACAAUCGGCUGUCCGAGCUGGAAAUUUGGAAUUGGUUCUGGAAAUCAUAUCUGAGAAUGGAGACAAAGAAUUAAAGGAGUUGCUUUCAAAGAACAAUAACUCUGGUGAAACUGCCUUGUAUGUUGCUGCCGAAAAUGGUCAUCUUGAUAUAGUGAAGGAAUUGAUCAGAUACCAUGAUAUUGGGUUGACAAGCAUCAAAGCUAGAAAUGGAUUCGAUGCAUUCCACAUUGCUGCUAAAAAUGGACACUUGGAGAUAUUGAAGGUCCUCAUGGAGGCCAUUCCUGAAAUUUCAAUGACUGUUGAUCUUUCAAACACCACUGCAUUGCAUACUGCUGCAGCACAAGGACAUAUUCAGGUAAUAAAUUUACUGCUGGAAAAAGGUAGUAGCCUGAUAACUAUUGCAAAAAGCAACGGGAAAACUGUGUUGCAUUCUGCUGCUAGAAAUGGCCAUGUGGAGGUCGUCAAGGCCCUCCUGAGCAGAGAACCUGAAAUUGCUAGGAGAAUUGACAAGAAGGGGCAGACAGCACUCCAUAUGGCAGUUAAAGGACAAAAUCUUGAGUUGGUGGAUGAGCUUGUGAAGCUGGAUCCAUCUUUGGCUAAUAUGGUGGAUGCCAAGGGAAACACUGCACUCCAUAUAGCAAGCCGGAAGGGUCGUUUACAGGUUGUUCAGAAGCUACUGCAUUACAGAGAAAUGGACAAAGAUGUUAUUAAUAAAUCUGGAGAAACUGCUUUAGAUACUGCAGUGAAAAAUGGUCGUUCGGACAUUGCCACCUUUCUGCAAGAUCAUGGAGCUCAAAGUGCAAAGUCCAUCAAGUCCCCUACUACAAACACGGCCCUUGAACUUAAAAGAACAGUGAGUGACAUAAAAAGUGGGGUUCAUAACCAGUUGGAACACACAUUUAAAACACAACGGCGAAUGCAAGGCAUAGCAAAGCGAAUCAACAAAAUGCAUGCAGAGGGGCUUAACAAUGCAAUCAACUCCAACACUGUUGUUGCUGUCCUUAUUGCAACAGUUGCUUUUGCUGCCAUAUUCAAUAUCCCGGGCCAGUAUCCUCAGAGCCCAAAGGACCUCACUCCUGCAAUGUCUCCUGGGGAAGCAUGGAUUGCUCCUGAUAUUGCAUUCAUGAUAUUCAUAGUCUUUGAUUCUACUGCCCUCUUCAUAUCAUUGGCUGUUGUGGUUGUCCAAACAUCAGUGGUUGUUAUUGAGAGGAAAGCAAAAAAACAAAUGAUGGCUGUUAUAAAUAAAUUGAUGUGGAUAGCCUGUGUGCUAAUUUCUGUGGCAUUUCUUGCAAUGUCAUAUAUAAUUGUGGGGGAUCAUAAAGAGCUGGCUAUUGCAGCCACAGCUUUAGGAACAGUGAUUAUGGCUGCUACUCUAGGAACACUCUGUUACUGGGUGAUUGCUCACCGCCUUGAGUCCUCUAGACUGCGAAGUCAGAGAACAACAGGUAGCAGCAGACAAUCAUUGUCUCUGUCCAUGAUGUCAGGUUCGGAGAAUGAGUACAAGACAGUGUACGCAAUAUAAUUUUGAUUCUACCAUUUGAGUUACCCCCUCCCCGGUGUCUAAUUACACUGACAUUGAUGUAGGUGUUUGUUUCUUAGUAAAACAAGCGUUAACUAUUGCCACAAACGCAGGCAAAGAAUGUAAUGAUAGUGCACUUGAUAAGUAAAUGAGCCACUUUAAAUUGAAGUGUUGGAUCUUGUUUAUUUUCACAUUAGCUUCAGUGGAAAAUAAAUAUCGUACAAUCUUACUGUUUCGCUAUGUCGUAUGUCACAAUUUUAUUUAUAUGAAUUAUUAUGGCUUGCAAGAACUUGGAAAUUAUGAGUUGCUUAUGAGUAACUAGUAAUUUGUAUUUCUCAUGGCAACUGUUUUAGAAGAGAGCAUCAAUUUGCUUAACAUCAAACAAGUAAUUGUAGCCGCUACCACUUCAGCUUCUUGGACCUAUCAAACGAUCUCUUUAUGAACAGUGCUACUUAUUGAAUUACUGUGAAUUUAUAGUUGUACCGAACUGCAUGCCAAAUGGCUCUAUAGACAUCUCCCAGAGAAAUUGUUUUUUUAGGACCAAAUAGCAUAAAAGUGAGUAAACAGCAGUUAUCAAUUAUUUCACAGACCACACACAUUCUUUGUCUCUUAUUUUCUCCAUAUCACUCAACUGAAUGGCCCAAUCCUUACGGACUACCAAGUCUACAACCCAUGCAAGCUGCUGGAUUGGAUCCUCAAAAUGAAACCUGCCAAUGGACCCUUAGAGAGAGAGAAUGCAACAUGUUUAGCUACUUUUUUGGCACAUUGCAAGCUCAUUUCCCAGGCGUAAGUCUUCAAACUGCUGCUAGACCCUCCUCCUAAGCGUCUCAUUAUGUAUUUGGAAACACCUUAAAAUAUCUAAACAUGGAUCCAAGGUAGAAGUACAUUUUCUGGUUUGUCCUUCUUUAUGUGGAUGCAUGUUUUGUGUGUAAAUAGUAAACCAAAGAAUAAAAAGUAAAAACUAAACAGAAAGUUUUGCUUAGGGGUUAUUGGCAGGUGCCAACUGCCAUUUAUGCCGUUUUAGCCAGUAAAUGUGUGUCGACUUUGUAUGAUUUUGGAAAUAUAAUAGUACAUUGAAAAGACUUGCAAUUUUCUUAAUAUAUUUAUGUUAAAUUUUCCUUCCUUUUAAGAAUCUUAGGUGAAAAUGAGGGAAAACAUUUCCAAAAGGAUCUUCUGGCACAUGGUCCAUGCAGAACCCGAUGUCAUAUUCUUGUCGAAAGCUAUGCCUUUGCUUUUAAGGCUCUUGUAUUUAUAUAAUUCAUUUAUGU